AUGUCUGCCCCCGUCGAAACCCUGGAUGCAAGCUGGAAGAAGGCCUUGACCAGCGAUGUUGCUGUGCUCAAGUUGGCAUCUUCCGAGGGUAACGUGGGUUUCCUCUCCAUCUUCUCCGAGAAGACCCUCAUGAACCUUCAAGCGGAGACCUCCUCUCUUCGCCAGGAUCUGAUGGCAAUGGACAUCAACACCAUGUACAACAACUCGGACAUCUACCAGAGGCUCAGCCAGAAGACGACUGAGGGCCUUCAACAGACCCAGGACGAAGCUGAGCGAGUCAAGCGCAGCCUGGAAGAGAAAGCGAAUGGCCCUGACGCCAAGGAUGAAGGUAGCUGGAAGGAUCAGCUGCGCAAGACUGUUGAGGAACAGAAGAAAAAUAGCGAGAAGCGUUGGGAUGAUUUCCUCACUCUCGGUCUCGCGGAGAUUGAGAAGCUUCCACCAACGAUGCGACCUGGUGCAGCAACCACCUACUCGGCUGGCCUGAGUGCUAUCGGUGCAUUCGCUGGGAAGAUCGUUGACACGCUGAAGGGCUUUGUCAGCCGUAUCAGCGAGUUCGUCAGCAAAGCCUGGGAGAAGAUCAAGGAAUUCGGACAAUCUGUCUACAACUGGGCCUCCGGCGCAUGGAACAGCGUCAAGGGAAUCUACGGUAGUAUUUUCUCUGUUCAGGGUCUAUCUACUCAGAGUCUCGUUGCUCAGAGCACCCUUUCUCCUCCGAAUUCGAACGGCGAGCUUGGUCCUCGCACCCUGAGAAAGGUUCUUAGUAAUGUGGCAUUGAAUGGAGCCGGUGACUCGGAAACGGUCAUGGUACCCGCCGGUUUGCUCCGCAGUCUGGCCGAGUUCCUGUGGUAG